AUGGGAUUCUCGAAUUCUCUGUCUGCAAAUGACUAUAUCCAGUGGAAUGGCGAACAUGCUGAUAAUCAGUCUCCAGAAAAAGUGACUGCAUUUGGAGCUGUGUUCAGAUUUUUUUCUCCAACAACAUGCAUUGCAAAGGAGGAUCAGGUGAUGAAGCCAUGUAAUGCACCGCAAAAUCUGAAUGAGAGUGAAUGUUUGAGGUACAAAUGCUGUUAUUCAUCAUCCGGAACCAGUGACCUCAGGUGUUUUGCCGCAUUUGAAGAUAAGCCUACGCAGAUGUUCCGGAUGUUUGGGCUCGGUGUGUUCAGCAUGAUCAUCCUGGGAUGUCUGCCCAUGUAUUGCUGCUCUCUUUGCCAGAGGAGCAAAUGGGCCAAUCCUUUACGAAGGAAGGUCUCCAGAAUGUUAAAGGGUUUGAAGAAGCAAAGAAACAAACAAAAGAAGGAUGCUGAAAUGUUAGAAUCAAUAAUGGAAGAUGAGGAAACUUUAGAAGGUGACGAAAGGGAGCAGGAGACCAGAGCCUUAUUUUCCCGUUGA